UCAAACUGCAGCUCGGUUGGGUAGCGGGGUUUAGCAGUGUUGGGGCCGCAGGCAGCCACGGUGUGCGGGACAUGGAUCACCGCAUCGUGGGGCCCGGCCCAUACCGGGCCACCAAGCUGUGGAAUGAGACAGUUGAGCUUUUCCGCGCUAGGAUGCCCUUACGGAAACACCGCUGUCGGUUCAAGAGUUACGAACACUGCUUCACAGCGGCCGAAGCGGUGGAUUCGCUGCAUGAGCUGCUGAGGUGCAAUCAAAACUUCGGCCCUGAAGUGACCCGUAAACAAACGGUGCAGCUGCUAAAAAAAUUCCUGAAGAACCAUGUUAUUGAAGACGUCAAGGGAAAAUGGGGUCAGGAAAACUUUGAAGACAAUGGUCACCUGUACAGAUUUCCUCUUUCCUCACCCCUGAAACCAUAUCCAAAGCGGCUUCCAUGCCAGAAGGAUGCUGUUAAAUUUCCCCAGUGGACGGACCCCCUACCGGGCACUUCACAAGAGAACAUCCCAGUGAGGCCGGUUGUGAUGAAUUCUGAGAUGUGGUACAAGCGUCACAGUAUUGCUAUUGGAGAGGUGCCGGCUUGCCGUCUUGUCUACCGCAGACAGCUGACAGAGGCCAAUGUGGAAGAGAUAUGGAAGUCUAUGACGUUAUCAUAUUUACAGAAAAUCCUUGGCCUAGAUUCCUUAGAAGAAGUUUUAGAUGUCAAACUUGUCAAGUCCAAGUUCAUCUUACAUAAUGUAUAUAGUGUGAGCAAGCAGGGAGUUGUUAUCCUUGAUGACAAGUCAAAAGAACUUCCUCACUGGGUACUGUCAGCAAUGAAGUGUUUGGCAAAUUGGCCUAAUUGUUCAGAUUUGAAGCAGCCUACAUAUUUAGGAUUUGAAAAAGAUGUCUUUAAAACAAUUGCGGAUUACUAUGGUCACUUGAAAGAGCCUCUGCUUACCUUUCAUCUCUUUGAUGCCUUUGUGAGUGUUUUAGGUUUAUUACAGGAAGAGAAAAUGGCCAUCGAGGCAUUUCAGAUUUGCUGCCUCCUCCUGCCCCCUGAAAAUAGGAGAAAGUUACAGCUGCUGAUGAGGAUGAUGACAAGGAUCUGCUUAAAUAAGGAGAUGCCACCACUUUGUGAUGGCCUUGGCACCCGAACACUGAUGAUUCAGACAUUUUCCCGUUGCAUCUUGUGUUCCAAGGAUGAAGUGGACUUGGAUGAGUUAUUAGCUGCUAGGUUGGUGACGUUUUUGAUGGACAAUUACCAAGAGAUUCUGAAAGUCCCUUUGGCCUUGCAGACCUCCAUUGAGGAGCAUGUAGCUCACCUACGAAGAGUGCAGAUAAAGUAUCCGGGAGCCGACAUGGAUAUCACUUUAUCUGCUCCAUCAUUUUGCCGUCAAAUCAGUCCAGAGGAAUUUGAGUACCAAAGAGCGUAUGGCUCUCAGGAACCUCUGGCGGAUUUGUUAGAGGAAGUUAUCACAGAUGCCAAACUCUCUAGCAAAGAGAAGAAGAAAAAACUGAAGCAGUUUCAAAAAUCCUAUCCUGAAGUCUACCAAGAACGAUUUCCUACACCAGAAAGUGAAGCACUUCUGUUUCCUGAAAAACCAAAAGCAAAACCGCAACUCCUAAUGUGGGCACUAAAAAACCCCUUCCAGCCGUUUCAAAGAACUCGAAGUUUGCGGAUGUAACACUUCCACAGCUGGUAGAGACCUCUGAUGCCGUUUUGAGUAAAUGAGUGAUUAGAGAGUAUGAUUGUGGAAGAAAGAACAGAAAAUAGAGACUACUGAAAUAUCAACAUGAUCUGACCUCACAAAAUUUUCUUUGAGCCAUUACCAGUAUUUUUCUGAAACUCAGUGCUAUUUUGAAAGUGUACAAAUCAGUUAAACAUGAAAUGAGUAUAUAGUGGUCAUGUUAACAUGUUUAUAAUUAUUUGAAAGUUAAGGGUAUUUUUAUUUGUUAUUUUUCACGGCGUUUAUGAGAUAUUUGUGUAUUCAUUUUUGUGCGUAGUUAUUGUUGUCUUUGUUAUAACCAAGUCUUAGAAAUGGUGCACACAUUUGAAUAGGGCACUGGGUACUGUUACCACGGUCACUGAUACUAUUGACUUAACAGUCAAUCAUGAUAUUUCCUGUGUGAAUUGUGUUUUUCCUUGUUGCAGAAAGAUUUUUAAAUGUUCUGUGUUGUGAUGGUGGUGUGUUUCAUUGGCAAUUUGUUGGGUGCAGAUUUUACUAAAGCUGGUUCUUUUAUGACAUAUGCAUUAGUUGGUGUUCACCUGUAAGCUGAGUAGCUUUCCACAUGCCCGCAGUGGUAUAAUUUCAGUCUUGGCUAGAGGUGGAAAACUGAACGUGUCCCUUUAGACACGUGAUUCUAAGUCAAAUCUUUGUUAGUUCAUGAAAAACACAAAUGGGUUAAGUAAAAUGAGACUGCCUUCUUUAUAAAUGUGUGCACAUUUCCCCCAACUUCUUCAUCCUUUUUAA